CCUCAUAUUUUAAAGGCAUUGGCAAUGGCCGACGUUUUCGUUUAAAUUUCUGUUUUGUAUUUGUGCUCUUUUUUCGUAUUAGUAUUUUAACGUUUUGUUUUAUUGUAAAUUACUGAUCAAAUUCAUUUAUAUGUAACGGUGAUUUCCAGAGACCGAGUGUUCCACAGCAAUUAAUCAUGAGUUCUGAUUUGGACUUGGACCCUAAAGAAGUGUUGAUGCACCUUGUCGAGAUGGGCUACUGCAAUAUCACCACAUCAAUGUUAGAUGAUUUCAUUAGUGAUUUGCAGAGGCUAAUAAUAUAUGAAGCCAACAAAAAGAAAAAGAAGAAGAAGAAGACAACAGCAGCUUUAGAUGAACAGAAUGAGGAGAACUCCACUACAGUACCAAACACUACUGAUGAGUCGUCACAGCUGAGUCCUCCAUCUCCACCUCCCCCUCCACCACCAACUCAACAGCGAAAACACCGUCACCACUCAGGAGGAUUGCAUUGUAAAGAUACAGAAGAGGUGUCCUCCAGUUCUUCUGAGUCGUCCUUGGCUCCUGCGCGAAGAGUUUUGCGAGAGUGUACCAAACGAAUUGCUCUGAAGAAUCAGGAAAAGGAAAAUGUCAUGAAAGACAAAGCUUCUGACCAUUCAAAGGUUGCUGCAAGACAAUCAAAAUCAUGUGAUUGUCUUUGGAGAAGAAUUGGCUGCAAAUGCUGUGAAGAAAAUAGUGAUGAACAGGCACCAAAAACAAGACCGACCAAAGAAAACUUAGCUCCUCCUAGACCCAAAUCUUCAUUUAUCCGGACAUGGCAGCUGACGGGUCAGCCCAGGCCGGGCUCCGCUCCCCAACGUAGUGACCCAGUGGCUCUCUACCACCAGUACCAGCAACUGUGGAAGCAACAGAAGCUGCCAGGGGAGGCUCGGCACAACGACUUGAGAUGGACCAUCCGGGAGAAGUUACUGGGGCAGGAGCCUCAGCCUAGGAGUUGCUGCUGCUGCUGCCCAUGUCAGUCGACAGACAGUGAGCCGUCCGAAACAAACAAAAGCGUAAAUAUUCUGCCAAGUGGACCCUUCACUGUGGACGGGCGUGUGACGGGACCGUUCAAGCGUAAUAAAGAUGGGGAGUUCACAAUCGAAGACAGGCACCUUACAGGGUUCUUCAAGCUUAGUGGUGGGUCCGACUCCGAAGGCAAGAGUGACUCUGAGAAACCGUACUUAGCGGGUAAAAUUGAAAAUAAACAGGACAGAGUUGAAUGUCUCUUGGAGGACGCCGUGGAUAAGAUUAAAUUAUCCUGUGACAAGGGGAAGAAAAGAACUGGUGAAGCAAUGGAUCACAAUGGAAAUCACCUGCAAACUUGUAAGAGUAAUCACGACAGCAAAACCUGCAAGUAUUGCAGUUGGAUUCACUAUAUGUUAAACCAUAAAGAACAACAACCGGGAGAAAACCAGUUUGUAAUCAAUGACGCGAAUCUUGGAUACAAGCGAUUUCAAGCUAAUGUAAAUACAAAUUCCACAUCUGCGCAGUCAAACAAUUGCCAUUGCCGUCAGGGAGGUACAAUAAAAGACAAAUGUGAGCCAAGCAUUUUCCCCAAACUCCCAAGUAACCUUCAGUGCUCUCAAGAAGAAUCUAAUCUAAACAGAUUUUCAAGAAGCUUAACUCCAUCCAAGAAAGGUUACUGGCUCGAGAGAUUCAAGAAUCAUCCGGCAAACCAGUUGACUUUGAGUUCAAAACAAUCUUAUUGGCCGCAGACAUUUAGUGAGGCACCUGUUCACUCUACAGAUGUGAUAGCGCCUUCCAAAGGUGCAGACAAGGAGUGUAUAACGUCAGAUUUACUGUCUCGUGUACGGAACGACUUGAACGUAGGGAAACACUAAAAAUCCGACACAGAAUAGUCACAACUGCGUGGAUAAUUGUUUUGAAACUAGAGUUCCUAUUGCGUUAAAAAAUGUGCAUGGAGAAGUAGUAACGGAGGUUAAAAUGAAGGAUAAAAAGACGGAUCGGCCUUUUCAAAGUCCAACAAAACCACUUAUGUCUGUAGCAACACAUGUGAGACUACACAAAAUGUAAAUAAAUUUUCAAUCAUUUUUUUUAUUAUAGUUAGAAAUGAUAACUUAUGUAAUAAUUUAUUAAUUUUAAUUUGAAAUUAUAUUAUUUACUUAUACAAACAAUAUUUUAAUAAAUACAAUGCACUCAUUAC